ACGUGAAAGUAGGCCUGACUGCUUUAUUGAAUAUUUUUUUUGGUGAUGGUUUUAUCACCUCGAUAAUCGGCAGUUCUGAAAUUAAGACGACGUGCAACCCCUACACUUUCACACAUUAAUUUGUAAUUGACUCAGAGGAAAAUGAAUGGUGUGGACGUUGUUUAUGAAAAGUUUCACUUCAGGCAUGAUCCGAAAUGGUGUGAGGACAUGGGCCAACCCGGGAAUGGCGAGCUUAUUAUCUGCGUUGCAUGUGUCAUUGAGAUGAUGGAAAGUGACAGCAUUGCGUCUGUGAGGAAGUCUGUGGCCUUAUCUGGAAUCAGUAGGGUGCUGAAGGACAAACCUGGGGCUUUGAAGGAGCUGCUACUACAGGACCAAAGGGUCUGUCUGCAUUUCACAGCAUCUUUACUGAGGAUGCUUCACACAGUAGUGGACCCAGCCACUCUGGAGCAAGCUAUGCAGGUACUGGUUCAGCUGCUCUUGGAGUUGCAGAGUGAACAGUCUGUACAGUUCAUCCUGAAUGAGAUACAUAUCCUGUUGUGUGACCAGUCCAGUGUGAAGGGCUUCCUGCCCACCUUCACCUUCUUGGGGAAGCUGCUAGACGCUUUUCCUUCCCUGACACAGUGCCUGUCCUCAAACCACGUGGGCCUGUUGGAGCAGUUGUGCUCAGUGCUGCUCUACCCAGACGAGGGACUGAAGGCCUCCGUGUUCUACGUCUGGCAGAGGCUGUGGGGGGCGGCGGGUGUGGCCCAGUCCCUCCCCACCCCCCUCAGGGACUGGCUGUGUACACUGCUGCUGCAGACCCUGGCCAACGCCUGCUCCCCUCUGCUCACCGUCAACUGCUUGGGUGUGCUGAAGGAGCUGCUGAAGCUCAGUGAGGUGGUGUCGGUGCUGAUGAACAGGCCCUGUGAUCUGCUGCCGUCUGAUGCGGAUCAGAGCUUGGAAAAUGACCAGGAGCCUCAGUCCACCAGCCAGGCGCAGCGCUGCCCCCUGCCACUCAUACUCAAAAAGCUGCUGCUGAGUGGAGAUGAGACGCUGCAGGUUGCCAGUGCUCAGUGUAUAGCUGCCGUCCUGGUCCACUCCCCCAGUCAGUACUGCACUCCCUUCAUCCAGGCUGAUGUACCCGAGUUUCUGUUUGAGCGUCUUAGCUGUGGCAGUGAGGUGUUGUUGUGGUCCAUCUAUAGCUGUCUGCUGCUACUCACUGAGGAGCCCCAGUUCUUUUCCAAGUAUCACUCAGUCUACGGUAUUGAGUCACUGGUGCGAAGUCUGAAAGAGGCCCUGAGGCUGACUAACCAGGAGGUGCAACGACAGGGCCUGCUGCUGCUCACAGAGGUCCUGGAGAGGCAACCUGUGGGGGUGCAUCUGUUCCCGAGCGGUCCAGGUUUUGUUGCCGUGGCAGAGGUGGUGCUUGCUGGAGUCUCCUCCCCGUGUCUGAAGGUGGCCACACAAGCUGCCCACGCUGCGGCUGCCCUCCUCAGAGCGGACCACCAGUCCAACCCGGUGCAGUACGAAGAACUGGAGAAGCUGGUAGAAGCCAUUAUGCGUAGAUGCUCUGAGCUGCCCUUGCCAGCCUCUUCACGGCGCAGAGGGAGCCUGAAAGGACCAGAGCCCAGCAGCCAGGACUCAGGAGCGGGAGGCUUUGUGCUCCAGGCCCUUGUCUGCUUCCUGGCCGCCUGCAGGUUAGCUGAGCAUUGUUCAUCUGAGCCCGGACUGAAGGAGAAUGUGUUCACAGCUCCGUCCCGGCCCAGUCAGGGUCCAGACCCACUGGAGUCUAUGUGUCUGUGUCUGCUACGCUGCUGUGAUACGCUCUGUAUCCCCACUGUCACUAGGCAGUGUGAAUGUUCUCCCAGUGCCCAGAUGCUCCAGCACUUCUUUUCCAGCCUGUCAUGCCAGUUCUCCCUUCUGCCUUCCUUCAUGCCCAGCUUUGCUGUUAAAUUGGCAUCCUCUGGUGUUUUCAGGUUUGCUCUGGAGCACAAAGCCGUCUUCUGUACAGGAAACAGAAACCCAUCUCUGAAUGCAGCCUGCUGUGGUUUUCUGCAGAGACUCAGCGUGUGUCUGCUGUCCCAGUCAGCCCCUGCAGUCUGCAUCCACCCACAGGACUGUGCGGAGAUGGAAGCUCUGUUGCAGUCCGGGUUGCCUUCCGUGCGCUGUCGUUUGUGUGACUGGCCCGCUCUACUGUGCGAGGCCCCGGCGCCCCACUGUGACCCUGCCACCCCAAGGGCCACGCAGUAUUGUCUGCUCACCCUGCUCCACCUGACCCUGCAGUACGGAGACCGCCUGCUCCCUGACUCCACAGUGUUCUCCUGUGUGGUGACUCUGCUGUGCUCUGUGCAGGAGCAAGGAGAGUCACCCCCGCCACCCAGUGUGCUCAGAUCUGCCUUCUACCUGCUGUCUGUCACACAGGGCAAGAGCCCCAGCCUGGACCGGGCCCCUCUACAAUAUAUCACCAAGGCUCUCUGCUCCAGCCCCAGUUUCUCCUCCCUUUACACCCACCACCCUCCACUUCUACACUUCAUCUUCCACUACCCAGAGCUGGCUAAUCACUUUGGGCCCCAGGUCCUGGAGCUGUGGCUGUCCCACCGUCCUGAGGCCACACCCCAGUCCGAUACACACAGUAAGAAGAUAGAGCAGGGCCAAGAAGCGGACCCAGACGUGACACACCUGCAGGCUCUGCUGGAGAAGAACCCCUCUGUCAUACUGACUCUGUUGGGCAUGGUGUGUACAAGGGAGGCCCCCCUGGCAGAGCGUGCUUUGGAGGUGCUGGAGGGGUUCCUUCACAGCCGGCGGGGCUGUGAGGCCAAUCUGGAGGCUCUACUCAGACCCACCCUGCUACAAGUGCUCCAGCAAGUGAACCUGGAGAGCAGCCAGGGGACAGGAGUUGGGGGCUCUCUUCCUGUGGUCCUGAGGUUGUUGUGCCUGAUGCAGACCAGCAGCUCCCCUGAAAAUCACAUGGAUGGCAUCCACUUCAAACUGCUCUAUCAAGUGAGCAACCUGGCAGCGAAACUGAAAGCCUCCGACACUGAGUGUUUGCUUCCGGCCUUCAGCUACCUGUACUGCAGUCUGCACCUCGCCCCACAGCACUGCACUCAUACAGCUGUGUCCAUGUUGCUUUGUAACACUGGACUGAUGGACCAGCUGCAGGCUACUCUACACCUGGCCUCCCCCUCUCCUUCCCUCUCUGGUCCAUCUGCCCUGCUGUGCUGCUCCCAUCUGCUGUUGUCCUCCCUGAUUACCCUGCAACACGCUCACGCCGCUCAGGUCCAUAGAAGCAUCUCAUUGGACGUGGACAGCGUGGUGCACGCCCUGUUCUUCAGGAAGAAGACCACAGACAGCCUCUUACUGGCUAGUUCCCUAAGGCUGCUGCAGGCUGUUCUGGAUGUUGACCUGGAGUCUCCAGUGCUGUGUGUGGGUGGGGGCCCCAGUGCAGGAAAGAGGCCCCUGGGGGAAACAGACAGCUCUCUGUACCCGCUGGGCUCUCACAGGGCCCAUUGCCUCAUCACUGCACUCUAUGGCCUCCUGCUGCAGAAGCAGGAGCUGUUGCUCAAUGUGACAGUCAACUGCCUUGGGUCUCUGUUGGGGUUUCUACAAAGGAGGAGCCAAUCUACAGCCCAGCAUGUUGUGUGUCAGCCCUGGACUCGCUUCCUGCUGGACACCCUGCUCAACUCUGGAGACAGCUGCAUGUUGCACCCUGCCACACUCAGCCUCCUCACACUGCUGUUUCGUUACGACAGUGGUGUGCUGAGGGAUCCGGACCUGAGUCAGGUGCUGGACGCAGUGGAGAGGAGAGGCCUGAAGGAGCUGGGAGCGAACACGGCACAGGCCCUGAGACAGCUGUUCACACAGCUCCAGUGCGGUGUAAUCUGCCCUCCUCCUACAGAGAACAACCGACUGAGGGCCAAAACUCUGAUGAAGUCACUGAGCUCAUUGCCUCUCACCAGCAUCGACAAUCUACCCACCAGCAUUAUGCGUGUUGGAGAGCUUUCUGUCUGUCUGUCAGACUUCACAGUGAAGACACCUGGACACCCUGGUUCUCAGUCAUAGACUUUUUUGUUUCUUAAAUGUUUUUAUUCAUAUAUUUAUAGCUGUUAACAUUUCUGAAUGGGUGCUUCUGUUUUCCGGAUUUAGGAAUGGACUGAGCUCUGUAUUUGGAUCAGUUCAAGUGUCAGGUUUUGCUGUUUGACGUUUAUAAAGACUGUUUAGAAACAUAGCCGUUUUUAUGUGUUGUAA